AAUGUUGUUGCACUUUGCAACACUGGUAUUCUGAAUUAGCGCUCUUAUUAAAAAAGCGGGAAAUACAUGUAGUUGUAAUUAAACAAUAAUUAUGGAAACUCCUACUGGACGUGCUACACGUCCUACUCGAACUGCUACUCCGCGGCUUUCCGAGCGAAAAAAGCAAUUGUUUCGUAGCCGCAGCUCCAUGUUGGAUGAAAUAGAAGACGACGGUGACGUAGAGGACCCCUUGUUGGGCAUUGCACCUCUGAAGCCAAGACAACAAAGUCAGUCAAAAAAAGCAACUAAAAAGCCAGCUAAUGGUCGCAACCUGUUCGAGAAUGUUGCUGAUAGAGAUGAUCAGAGUAGUACGGGCAGUUCUCCCGAGACCAAUAAGGAAAACAAGAGGCUGCAGAAGACACGUGGCUCAACUGUAUCGUUGGGCACGGUGGAGCAAUUACCGCAAUUGUUUACUAAAACUAUGCGCAUAAAUAGCAAUAGUACCACCAGCCAAAGUCACAGUUCCAGUCCAAGCACACCCAAGACACGAGAUCAUACCGUAGUCUGUAAUGAAUCUAGCACAGAUUCUGAUGAGUCUUCAACUGGCAAGAAGCGAAAGGUAACUAAGAGAGCACAUGAAAUGCCUGCAGUGACAAUCGAGUCUUCACCGGAAUCCAGCACUACGUCACCGCAGUGCAAGCUGCGCAGGACAGAAAAAGAAUGUAUACCGACAGUGGCGUUCUAUUCGCACUCCAACAGUGCUCAAAGCGUUUCGCGCAGAUCAGGUUCGAUGUCUUCGAAAAGUACACGCAAGUCGGCACAACACCAACGCAAGACUAAGGCUAUCUCACCCCCGUCUCGUCCUCGACUGGGUAUCAAUAAGGGCGUGCAUCACAACAUACGAAAACGUCAGCGAACGAGUGCAUCGGUUAAUUUGGAUGAUAUAUUGGGCUCGUUGCGAAAUGAGAAAUUGCGACAGCUGAUUACCACGAAGAGAGAGGAACGCGCUAAGAUAGAGGAGGUCCACGACAUACUGCGCAAAGCCGAAGAUCCCAUUAAAAUGGCUAAGCCCCUAAGUGUAAUCGCUCUUGACGACGCCAAUAAUAAUAAUAACAAUAAUAAUAAUAAUAUGGAAACUGAUGCACAAUUUUUAUCUGCCCUGGAUUUUUCUGACCUUAGCGACGAGGAAACACAGCCUGUUGCAAUGGAACUCGAACCAGUUAUACCAAUUAUACGUCAUUCUAAUCCAACAGACACAUCGCCCAACUCUGAGCCUCCCAACAAUCGUAAGUUCUUUAAAUCCGGCAGACGCAGCAGUACGUGUAUGGAGGUGCGAAUCACUGAUAAUAUUCGCGCUAGUGUCAGUCAGGGCAAGAUAUCGUUAAUGGAAGCCCCCAUAAAAACACAUCGACAAGUGCGCGUUAAAUCCGCUACGAUAUUUUCAGCAGAACAGGCAACCGUGGAUGCAAUACUACGAAAUCUCGACGAGACCGUAGUGGAUGAAAUUGUUGAGCCAGAAUCAAAUGAGAAAAAAGUACCUCAAUCUCUGUCAGUUCCUGAAAUAGAGGAGCAGCUGGUGGUGCCAGAUCCAUACGAAAAGUACCGUCAGCAAUUGCCGUACAAAACAGAUGAUCCGGCUGUCAUUGAACAGCAAACACUCUUGCUGGAGUUUCUAAUCACCAAUGACAUAUGUACAGAUAAGAAUUUUGAAAUAUUCAUAACUGAUCCAGAUAAUCACAAGGAGGAGGCCACGCGCAUUGUCGAUAAUUUAUAUACGGUAGUCUAUGCGGAUCAGUUGGAUGUUUUAGAACCUGAGCAACAGAACUACAUCAAAACUGAAAUCGAACAUGUACCUGGAAAGGAUGACAGUCCAGCGGUGGAUAUAGUGGAUAGCAACAAAACAGAGGCAAUUUCAUUGCCCGUUGAGCCACAAGGUAAAUUGUUUCCCAUUUUCACACAACGCCUCCAACCAAUACCACAAAAGUCAACGCGUCAUAAGGCUAAUCCCUCGAUGAGGUUAAUGGCUGGUGCGAGUGGUUCCAAUCAGUAUCAAAUCGAUGCUGGUCAAAGGGCUUUUGGAGCCAGGCAGUGCCAACAAUGUGGACUAGUCUAUACCGUCCAUGAGCCGGAGGAGGAACAGUUGCAUAGGGAAUAUCAUGAUUCUGUCCAUGUGCUACGGUUUAAGGGCUGGAUAGAUGAAGAUAUAGUAGCCGUUUAUCCGGAAUGGUCGCCUGAUGGACGGAUUAUACGUUUGAAUGAACGUGCACCUCACGCUCGCCUACAGAGGCUUGCAGAACUGAUCAAGGUAAUAGACAAGGAACUAGGCUACUCUUCGUAUAUCGUCCCAAAGACAUUUGUCGCCUUCUUUGCUGUGCGUAAACAGCAAAUUGUGGGACUGUGCCUUGUUCACCCGCUGACGCAGGCGCAUCGUUUCAUUCAAGUCGAUGGCACCGACUACUUUAGCGAAGAGACUUUUGAGGCUAGUUGCGGUGUCUCCCGUAUUUGGGUUUCGUCGUUGCAACGUCGUAAAGGAAUUGCUACCAAAUUGCUGCGCGCAGUGCAAUAUCACACCGUUUUGGGCGUUGAAAUACAUCGUGAUCGAAUUGCAUUUAGCACCCCGACAGAUGAUGGGCGCGCUUUGAUUCGUCAAUUUACGCAGACUGACAAUUUCCUGACAUACGACCAGUGAAGUCAGAAACCUAAUUUGUUUGGCUAUUGAAUAGCUAGCAAUUUGCGCUGUUGAAUAUCGUUUACUGUAUAUCUCUG